GCUCCGCGCCUCGAGUGACGGCGCGAGGGGAAGGAGGCUCCUGGUACCUGGAGGGAUACCGCCCGAGGAUCUUCCCCCUUUCUCGCUCAUUCUGGGAUCUAUUUACCGCAGCCCGGGAAGCGGGGAGAGCAAGUGCUUUCAGGCGUUGGAAACUGUACACAGAGUUUUGGCUAUCCCCCCUGCUGCAAAGGGGAUCCCUAAACUGCUCAGGCAAUUUAAUAGCACUUCAUUUCUGAAUCCGCCACUGACUUGGUUUCAUUUCUUGGAUAUUAAGUUUCACAUCUGAAGAUAAUGACAUUGCUAAGUUUCCGAGUGUUGAUUGGGGUGUUUGUUUGCUCCUGCAGUGUAAAAGGAUCUUCCCAGCCUCAGGCCAGGGUGUUCUUAACAUUCAAUGAACUGCAGGAAACCAAGACCUCUCAGUUUUAUGCUCUUUCCCAUCACCCCUUGGACUACAGGAUAUUAGUGAUGGAUGAAGAUCAGGACCGGAUCUAUGUUGGCAGCAAAGAUCACAUCCUGUCUUUAAAUAUUAACAAUAUAAGCCAGGAUCCUCUGAGUAUUUUCUGGCCAGCAUCAACGACCAAAGUUGACGAGUGCAAAAUGGCUGGCAAAGAUCCCACACACGGUUGUGGGAAUUUUGUCCGGGUGAUCCAGACUUUCAACCGCACUCACCUCUACGUUUGUGGGAGUGGAGCCUUCAGCCCUGUGUGUACCUACCUCAACAGAGGGCGAAGGUCUGAGGAACAAGUUUUCAAAAUCGAUUCCAAAUGCGAAUCUGGGAAAGGGCGCUGUUCUUUCAAUCCUAAUGUGAAUACCGUCUCUGUUAUGAUCAACGAAGAACUAUUUUCAGGAAUGUACAUCGAUUUCAUGGGGACUGACGCUGCCAUUUUCCGCAGUUUAACCCGGCGGAAUGCGGUGAGGACUGACCAGCACAACUCCAAAUGGCUAAGUGAGCCCAUUUUUGUGGAUGCCCAUCUCAUCCCUGAUGGUACAGAUCCAAACGAUGCUAAAGUGUACUUCUUUUUCAAGGAGAAACUGACAGACAACAGUGGCAGCACCAAGCAAAUACACUCAAUGAUUGCCAGAAUAUGUCCUAAUGAUAUUGGUGGACAGCGUAGUCUCGUAAACAAGUGGACGACCUACUUGAAAGCCAGACUUGUGUGUUCAGUCAUGGAUGAAGAUGGCACAGAAACCUACUUUGAUGAAUUAGAGGAUGUGUUUCUGCUAGAGACAGAUAACCCAAGAACAACACUGAUAUAUGGCAUUUUCACAACAUCCAGUUCUGUAUUUAAAGGCUCAGCCGUGUGCGUGUACCACUUGUCUGAUAUCCAGAGGGUGUUCAAUGGGCCGUUUGCACACAAGGAAGGCCCAAACCAUCAGCUGAUUCCUUAUCAAGGAAGAAUUCCCUAUCCACGCCCCGGGACUUGCCCUGGAGGAGCCUUCACACCCAACAUCCGAACAACCAAGGAAUUUCCAGAUGAUGUGGUCACCUUCAUCAGGAACCACCCAUUGAUGUUUAAUCCCAUUUACCCUGUCCACAAGAGACCCUUAAUAAUCCGGACAGGCACAGACUACAAAUAUACAAAGAUAGCUGUUGAUCGGGUCAAUGCUGCAGAUGGAAGAUACCAUGUUUUGUUUCUUGGAACAGACAAGGGCACAGUACAGAAGGUUGUGGUCCUGCCCACCAACUUCUCUGCAAGUGGAGAACUCAUCUUAGAGGAACUGGAAGUGUUUAAGAAUAAUGCUCCUAUAACUACAAUGGCCAUUUCGUCUAAAAAGCAACAGCUCUACGUCAGCUCAGAGGAAGGUGUCACCCAAGUUUCCCUGCACCGCUGCCAUAUCUAUGGGACAGCCUGUGCGGACUGCUGUCUUGCCAGAGACCCCUACUGUGCGUGGGAUGGCAAUUCCUGUUCCAGGUUCUACCCCACGGGAAAAAGGAGGAGUCGUAGACAAGACGUGAGGCAUGGCAAUCCUAUGACUCAGUGCCGAGGAUUUAACCUGAAAGGUUACCGAAAUGCAGCAGAGGUGAUUCAGUAUGGAGUCAAGAAUAACACCACUUUCCUUGAGUGCACACCUAAAUCUCCCCAGGCCUCUGUUAAAUGGCUCUUACAGAAAGAUAAAGACAGAAGGAAAGAGGUCAAGCUUAAUGAAAGAAUCAUAGCCACUGAACAAGGGCUCUUAAUUCGCUCCGUUCAGGAGACAGACCGGGGACUUUACCACUGCAUUGCGACAGAGAACAGCUUCAAGCAAACCAUAGCAAAGGUUAACUUCAAGGUGUUAGAUUCUGACACAGUAGCCCUGAUGACGGAAAAGUGGUCCCCCUGGACCUGGGCCAGCUCACUCCAGGCAUUACAGUUUCAUCCAAAGGACUUGGCUGGGUCUUUCAGCCAUUCAGAACUGCAGAUGAUUAAUCAGUACUGCAAAGACACAAGGCAGCUUGGGCAGCAGCAGGCUGAAGAUUCCCAGAAGAUGAGAGGAGAUUAUGGCAAGUUAAAGGCCCUCAUGAACCGGAAAAGUAGGAACCGAAGAAAUCAGUUGCCUGGAUCGUAAAGUUUUGUCUUGGGCAUCAAACUUUUUUCUCCCUGUUUUUUUUUCUUUUGGAGGCAUCUUCCUUCAAGCAUUUUUGUUUGUUUGUUUUGGUUUUCCUGCAGAAAGCAUAGAACAACUUAAAUAAAGCAAGCCUGGUAAAAGAAAGAAAAGAUGCAACCUAUCAAGGCUUAAGAGGAAAAAGAAAACACCAAAUCCAAAGAGAUUUCAUUUGUGAAGUGCCCGAUAAGAUCAAACUGACCCUUAUACUUUCAACUAUGAGAAUUCAAUCAUUUGUCUUAACCCAGAUUCCUCUGUAGUGUUUCAACAUCCAUUUACUUUUCUGGAGAAGGGAAACGGGAGUGGAUGGACACACUUUCCAGUGUAGAAUUAUGCAAGGUGGGAAGGAAAAGGAAGUCUGAAGUAGGAGGAAAUGUACACUGGGGUGGUAGAUUCUACAGACAUCUCUUCUAUCCAUUUCAAGGUAUACGGUUCUCUCUGCUGACGGUACAUUGCAAUGAGAAAAUAAGAGCUGACAUUUAAAUGUCAUUUCCUAUAUUAGUAUUAAUGGCCCAGGACUGGUUGAAAUGUAACACAGACAUAGUGAUUAUGGUUGCAAUCCUACACUCACUUCUGUAAAUCUACUUAGCUGUCAGUGGGAUUAGUUGCAUCCAAUGAUCUCUUCUAACCAGGUUUGACAUGGUAAGAUCUUUGUGUGUGGAAAAAGAAAACUAGCAGAGCAUCAUUGGGCCAAAGAUGCAACCUGCUAAACAGCAGCAGGUGUUCUUGCACCUUUCAGGGUAACCAUUUCUGCAUGGCAAUCUGCCCUAGGACACUCACAAAGGAGAGUCCAGGAGGAAAAAAAGGGCAGAGGCUUGCCCAAGUUUAGCACUUUUUAGUGCCAGUGACUUCCUUUGGGUGGGAUUGAAGCUCUUCCACUGAAAUCACUGUGACUAAGUGCCUAAAUUUGGCUGUUUGGCACUGUCCAUUUGUGCAGAGCAAGACACAGAAGCAAACUCCACCCAAAAGCCCCUCUGAGGGUAAAACAGAAGCUAAAAGUAGCCUUAGAAAGAAACAUUUGCUUGAAUGUAGCCCAACUAAGGAGAGUGAAUCUCAUUUACUGUUAGCUUUCUGACCAUAUGAGGUGGGAUGUUCAAAUGCUGUCUAUAUUGAAAGCAACCCUAAAACACGUAUCGGAAUACUACUUCCCCAAAGAGCCUAGAUCCCACCAUGAUAGGUACAGCUGCUUCCUGCAAUGCAUACAGAUGAUGACAAUGUGGGUUCAUUGCAUUGCCUGUUAGUUUUAUAUCAAUUGUAUACCAAUGCAAACUUUGUAACCUGUGCGUGCAGCAUGCAGAGGGCUGGGGGUGGUGCAUCAGCACCAAUAUCCCCUUCCUUGACAGACUUCGCCCUUAGUGGAGCGGCACGAGAAAUAGCUAUUCCAAAGAAGCUCCCGUGUCAGUUACUGUGUGCAGGGACUAAACUAUGUAUUAUCUUAAAGGUCUUGCCAUCCAUUUGAAUCAACUACCCUUCAAGGUCACUCUGUGACUCCUUUUGCACAGGCAUUUCCGUUGUGGGUGACUGCACUCGGGGCCGGGUCUAGCAUUAUAAGCUGACCUGCAAAUGAUGUUAAGUCGUGGUGCACCUUGUUGAAAUGUGGCUGCUUGUAGUGGUUGGACCCAUCCUGAGUGGUUUGCAAAGCGAGAAACGCAUGGCGCUAACUUUCACCUCUGUGUUCCUCCCACUUGCCCAAGAUGCACUCUGUAAGCAUCUGACUUCCCUGAAGAAUUGCACCUUUAGGGAAACUUUGAGAGCAGGUGCAUUCGAACCUGUCCACAUUGCCUAUGCAGGUACGGGACAUCUGUGGGGAAACUUCACUCAUGAUUUGCCAGAUCUCAUCUUUAUCUCAUAAAGGUUGUGGUCUCCAUAAGAGCAAUGUGGCAGCAUAAAAUGCCACCUUUUGGCUACCAUCCGAAACCCUUCAGGUAACUUCAUGUUGUGCUCUCGUUUCUCAGCCUUCCACAGUUCAUAAGGAAAUGAAUAAUCUAGCCCAGGUCCAUGGACAACCUCCUGGCCCUGCUCUUCGGAGACUACUAGCAUCCUGGCCUCAGAUGUGACAAGGACAUCUUCUUUGUGGUAAAGCACAGGGCCGAGCCACACCAUAGAAAUGCUGCUGGAAACACAAGCCCUGUGACUGGUUGCUCUCCAUUCUCUGCAACGUUUAAGAAAGCUCAGCCCUUGGCAGGUCAGCAUCAUAUUGUGCCGUCAUUAAGGCAACGAUGCAUGGUGGGCUAGUAAAAUUCACAACCUGAUGACAUGCCAGAGUAAGCCUUCCUAAGCAUUGUGAGGGAAAGGGAGAAAACGUAUCAGCCAGAUGCUGUUUUUUGUGGCAUUCUCAUUGUGCACCGUGUGUCGCUGGGCCCGCAUUAUGGAGCUCAUAUUUUUCCUUCAUGGAGCUACUCGCCUUAUCAAAAAGCACGUGCUGUAUGGGCUUCAGUGUCACACAAAUAAUUUUUAUCCACUACGAGUGUGCAACUGAAAAAAAAAAUAAUAAGACUUCUAUAUGGGAGGGAAGGAGGAACAUGUGGCCCUGGUAAUAAAAGCAAAGUGAUAUCUCAACUGUCACAAUCAAAAGGCGCUCCCAGUGAAAAUGCUAGUGAACAACUACUAAUACCAUCUAAGUUAAAAGUAAACACAAAAUAUUGUUCUGGGCUUCACAGAAAAAAACUACCUCCUGUAGUCUGAAUGUUGUGGUUUUCCAUUGUGCAUUUUCUGUACAGGACAGUUGAUAGAACAUUAAUAUUGUUUAUAAUGGCUGUAAUUGCUUCCAGAUGAAGGACAGCACGGGCACCAUUUAGUCUUUUUACAGCUGGGUGUGGUUAAAUCUGAAUAGGCAACCAUUCGGCCCAUGGAAUGAUCACUCAUUCUUUAUUAAAAACAGAAUAUUGGCAAUAUGCGCAGAUCCGUUAACUAACUUAGUAGUGCCUCAAGUUCCAGAGUAAUAUUUUAAAGGCUGCUUCAUGUAUCAUUGCAAUGGCAUGACUGUUUAAGGAAUUCAACUUAAACGAACUUUUUUCCCCUUUCUGCUGCAUGACAGAAUUUCUUCCUCUAGCAAACACCCAGAUUUUUCUUACGAGUUUUCUUACUAAACAGAUUACGAGUUGAUUUGUAGCCACUCCAACUUUCCAUGCUGUGGUAGAUCUUCAGCAUACGUGAGAUUCAGCAAGUGUGAUCACUAUACAUAGGUUCAUGUGAAAUGGUUUACACUAGAGGAUAGUGAUGUGUCCAAGGCUUUGCUCAUCCUUCAUAUUUAUGGCAGCUUGUGUAGCGUGGAACCUCCAGGUCAGGGAGCCAAAUUUAGGUCCAGCUGGCAAAGAAGGCAAGUGUGGCUUCCUUGUUUCCCACCACAUUUAGAGCACCAUGUCCAAUGCUAGGACCACCUGCUUAGCCCGCAACAAACUGUGUGCCUCUCCUGUUUUUUGGCGGGGGGGGGGGGGUUGCAUGAGUUUAUUCUGGAAGAGCACUCCUUAGGGCUUUAUGUGUAGUGUGGGGCAUGGCAUGAGCUCGCCUGUGAUUCAGGCGCAGGGUAUAUGCAUGUAUGUACAAGUUCUGCACUUCACCUAAUUCAAGAGCACAUGUAUAUACUGCUUUGUCAUUUAGGACUGCCAGCCCCACAGGAUUUUGAGAGAAGACCCCUGCAGCUGGAAGGUGGGGGGGACCUGCUGGAGCUCACUUUCAAAGGGACUCCACUGAACCAAUCAAAUACAAUUUUCCCAUAUUCCCAUGGUUGCUCCUUCCAAGGCAGUGGGUGACUUUUUCAUUUAGGAGUUCUGGAAUGGAGUUCUCUUUUCUACAACUUGGCAUGUUCAUACCCACCCACCAUCCCACUGGGCUCUUGGAAAGCCAUCCAUUUUGACACCUGGCUAACACAAGAGGAGCGAUUCUUGAUGCAACCAAAAAGUCUACCUAGUCUAGCAUUGUGUUUCCCACAGUGGGCCAGCUCUGACAUAACCACAAGCAGUCAUGGUGAGGACAAUAGCCCCUCCUUGCUCUUGGUCCUCCAGCCAGUGGAGAUGGGCUUAUGAUCCUGGAGCUAUCCUGAUGUGCAGUUACUGACAGCCUUAUCCUCCCUGAAUUUCUCUAAUCCUCUUAAAGCCAUCUGCAUUGGUGGUCAUCACCACAUUGUGUGGAGCUCUGAAGGCCACAUUUUAACUAUGCACUGCUAGAAAAAAACAUUCUGUUCCAUCUGUCCUUGGAUGUCCCAUGGUUCAACUUCACUGGAUGAGCUCAGGUUCUGAGCUCACCUAACACUACCCACUUUUCUUACACCAUGCAUAAAUCAAUGCAACUGUGAUGUCUUCACCCCCAUUCUUCCCCUGAACAUCAUUACUUUGCCUUGAACAGUUCUUCUUCCAGCUCUUCAACCAUUCAGGUCACCCUUUUCUGCUCUACAGUAGCCAUUUUGAGAUAUGACAAAGUGCACACAAUAUUCCAGAUGUGGCUGCAUUAUAUAUUUAUAUAACGUCAUUAUAAUAUAGGGCAGUUUUUUUUGAAUCCCAUUGUUAAGGAUUCCUAAAAAGACUGUUACUCUUCCCAUACCCUCUGCACACUCAUCCAAAACAUUUAUGGAGUUGUUUCUCUGUAGUGACUCCAGUACCUCUUUUCUGGAUGGUCACCACCAUUUCAGAACCUAUUGACCUCUAUGUGAAUAUAAAGACUGCCUGCAUCACUUCACUUUUGCUCACAUUGAACAGCACGUUCCGCUUUAAUGUCUAUUUCCCCAACCACCACCACCUGGAGGAAUCCUUUUGGAGCUCUUCUCCAUCGCUUUGUGCUUUACCACCCUAAAUAUUUUGAUACUAUCAGCAAACGAGACUUCCUCGCUGCUCACCAUUCAGCCCAGAUCAUCCAUGAGCACUGUUGCCAAGAAGGAUCCUUGACCCUGUGUGAUCAUCAUUGCCACGAACCUCCUCUUACGUCUCUUCCUCCACAUGGUCCAGCUAGAAAGAAACCCAGACUAGUUUUUCAAUCUAGCUUGAGAGGUUCAGGGCAGAAACCUACCAAAAUUACAUGAAAUAGAAUCCUGCUGAAACCCACUGAACUGAACUGGAGUUCUCAUUAACUUGAUUGUCAUUGUUUUAAUGUGGGUUUAGUUGCAACUAGCUUUGUGAGGAUUGGGCCUUGGGAAAGGGCCAAUCAUUGAGCAGAGUGGCUGGCUUGAGUGAGUGGGAGCAAGUUGUUGGAGAACAAAGCCAUGACCCCUGUUGUGUCCUCCAUUACUAGCCACAGUCAGGUGCAGGGGAGAUUAAACUCCCAGUCCAGUUGGCUUCUGUCUGUGGAAUGAGACAAGGGAGGCAAAAGCAGAGUAAAUUCUCUUGGGCCAACCUUACCUGUUCUGUGUCAUCCCCAAAUCCCACAGGUUUGCUUCUCAACACAGUUGCUGAAAAUGUCAUGAACAAAGCUAACUUAAAGUGUACAGGGUAGUUUUCCAUUAGUGUUUUGCUAGCAUUUUUAGCUGUUCAGAGUCAAUUUCCAUGUAGGUGCCAUGAACAUUUAAGUUUAUAAUAUUGGUUCGUUUGUUUGUUGCUAUUUAAUAUCUUCCUGUUUUGAGGAUACUGAAUAAUGUAUAUAAUUGUAUUCUUUUUAAAAAAUAAAAUCCUGCCUGCUAGUUAUAACUUUGCCAAAUGUAAAGAGCAACUCAAUGAUAAACUUUUUCAUCCUGUGUAUUAAAUAUGUCUUGUGACUGCUUUUGUUGCUGUUUGUAAAGUUGGAUGAAAUCUUGAUUCAGCCAUGUGUUCUUUGUGAUCAUUGGUACUGUAGAUCUUUUAAAAAGCACCCUGUUUCCCACCAACUAUGGUAUAUGUAUAGUUUAGCAUGAUGAAACCCAUGAAGGUGAAUACGCAUUAGAUUUUGAAUUAAACAUAAAAGAAUAACACAGUGCUAUUUAAUUGGAUAGCCCAAAUGUUAUUUGCCUGCGAAAUAAAGGGUGUUGAAGCUGU